AUGGAAUAUUGUGGAACUGGUUCAGUGUCAGAUAUAAUGAAACUUUCAGGAAGAACAUUAAAUUAUCACGAAACAGCUAUUAUAUUAAAAUAUAUACUUAAACGAUUGGGAUAUUUACAUUUAUGUAGUAAAAUUCAUCGAGAUAUUGAAGCAGGAAAUAUUCUUUUAACAAAUGAUGAUGAUACUAAAUUAGCUGAUUUUGAUAUCUCUAAUACAAUGGCCAAACGAAAUAUAAUGAACGGAACAUCAUUUUGGUAAGAAUUGGAAAUUUUUAUAAGAAAAAUAUGAGAAGAAAGAUACUUGAUUAGGAUGGCAUCAGAAGUGAUUCAAGAAAUCGGACAUAGU